AUGCAGGUGUGGGACGGUGUCAGUGGCGCAAGGAUCGAGUUCGAUUGGCCAGCUGGCCCUUCGGCUGGGAAGACUAUUGCGUACAUGUGCGAGAACCUUAAUUUGACCUCGGGUCUUUUGAGUCGCCUCGAAGAGCUUGGUGGAGUCUCAGUAUUUGACGGAGCAAAGGUUGAAAAUAUCAGCUUUGGAGAAGAGACGGAGACCCUAGAUCUGACGCAAUGGCCUGUUGUCCACUUGUUGGGCGGGAGGCAGCUGCACGCACGACUCUUGGUUGGAGCCGACGGUGCGAACAGCCCUGUUCGUACAUUCGCCGGAAUACAGGCACAAGGCUGGGACUACGGCAGGCAUGGUGUUGUCGCAACGCUUCAGAUGGAGGGCGAGGGAUGGGGUGGUGAGCACAACAAGAUUGCGUACCAACGCUUUUUGCCUACAGGCCCCGUGGCCAUGCUGCCACUUCCCGGCAACUACUCAACGCUGGUGUGGUCAACAACUCCUGCCAACGCUGCGCUUUUGAAGAGCCUUCCACCAAAGGAUUUUAUUGCUAUGGUCAACGCUGCCUUCCGGCUGAGCCCGGUCGAUCUCGAGUUCAUGCAUAAUCAGCAGGCAGGACAGUCAGAAGAACUCGUUUGGAGAUCGGAGCACACUUCUUUCGAUCACCGGGCGAUUCCUCAGCAGGUUGUCGGUGUUCAGGAGGGGACUGUUGCCUCGUUCCCGCUCAAGAUGCGUCACGCAGACACUUAUACCGCUGAGCGCAUCGCGCUCGUCGGCGAUGCAGCGCAUACCAUCCACCCUCUUGCUGGCCAGGGCCUGAACCAGGGCCAGGGGGACGUCCAGAGCCUGGUAAAGACUAUUGAGACAGCUGUCUCUACUGGUCAAGAUUUGGGAUCAACUCUCUCUCUUGAAGCAUACAACGCAGAGCGAUACGUUGCGAACCACGUCGUAUUGGGCGUUUGCGAUAAGCUUCACAAACUCUAUUCCGUGGAUAGCGGACCUCUGGUGCCAUUACGAUCACUUGGACUGAGUGCAGUCAAUGCAUUGGGUCCUCUGAAGAAGUUCUUCAUGGACCAGGCUUCCACCACUGGCGCAAAGCUCUUCUAA